CUCAAAGUGAAAAAUCAACAAAAAUAUUUGUGUAUUAUUAUUAUUAGUGAAAGUUUUUAAAGUUUUUCAAAAUGGGGAAAAGACAGCAUCAAAAGGAUAAAAUGUACUUAACGUACACCGAAUGGACAACAUUGUACGGAGGGAAGAAAAGUGGUCAUACGUCCAAAGAAGCAGAAAAUUUCAAAAGACUUCCAUUCGAUCACUGCUGUUUGUCUUUGCAGCCUUAUCAAAUCCCUUACUGCGAUUUAGACGGGAAUAUAUUCGAUUUGGAACCUCUGAUUCCGUUCUUAAAGAAGUACAAGAUAAAUCCCGUUACUGGCAAACCUCUAGAUUUCAAAUCAUUAAUACAGUUAAAUUUUACUAGAAAAAGUGAAGGAAUGCUUGAAUGCCCAGUAUUAUUUAAACCCUUUACCAACAGCUCCCAUAUCGGUGCAAUUGCAACUACAGGAAAUGUGUUUCUUAUGGAAGCUAUUGAACAGUUAAAUAUUAAAAACAGAAACUGGAAAGAUUUGAUCACAGAUCAACCAUUUGAAAGAAAAGAUAUUAUUGUAAUCCAAGACCCCAAUUAUCUAGAUAAAUUUGAUAUUUCGAAGUUUCAUCAUGUUAAGAACAACCUUAGAGUAGAAACCGAAGAGGAAAUUGCUGACAAAUCUAACCCACAAGCACGACUAAAAUCUAUCAAUCCAGAAACAAAAUAUACCUUGGAAGAAUUAAACAAGGAAUACAAGUCUCCAACAAUAGAAAUUAAUAAAAAAGAAAGUACAGAGAAAGCUGACAAAUUCAAUGCCGCUCAUUAUUCCACAGGAGCUGUAGCUGCUAGUUUCACAUCAACUACUAUAAGACCUCAGCUGGAACAUGAGGCAGCUAUAGUACAUGAGGAUGAUGUUAGAUAUGAAAGGGUCAAGAAAAAAGGUUAUGUGAGACUUGUUACGAAUGUGGGUAUGCUAAAUGUUGAAUUGCAUUGUGAUAUGGUGGCAAAAACUUGUGAGAAUUUCAUAAAACACUGUGAAAAUGGAUAUUAUAAUGGGACGAAAUUCCACAGAUCUAUAAGAAAUUUUAUGAUUCAAGGCGGAGAUCCAACAAAUACAGGAAGCGGAGGUAAAUCCAUCUGGGGAGAUAAAUUCGAAGAUGAAUUUAAACCUAACUUAUCUCAUACUGGACGAGGAAUAUUAUCCAUGGCGAAUUCUGGAAAAAACACCAAUGGAUCUCAAUUUUUUAUAACGUAUCGGUCUUGUAAACAUUUGGACAACAAACAUACAAUAUUUGGAAGAGUUGUCGGGGGUAUAGAGACCCUUAAUGAAAUGGAAAAAAUCGAAGUUGAUAACAAAGACAGGCCCAUUGAAGACAUUAUUUUAAUUAAGGCUCAGGUUUUCGUUAAUCCUUAUGAUGAAGCUGACGAACAGCUAGCAAAAGAAAGGCAAGCGGAAAUAGACAAAAUUAAAGAAGAGGAAUUAAAGAAAACUGUUCAAAUGAAUGCCAAUAAAGAACUUAAAGUAUUCAGAAGUGGUGUAGGAAAAUAUAUUAAUCCCAAUGUAAAUAAAGGCGUUGAUCCCGAUACAGCAGAACCUAGUACGAAAAAAAAUAAAACUUACAAUACAUUUAAUUUUAAUAAUUGGUAAUAUUUGGCUAUCAUAUUUGGAAUGACAUUGUAAUAUAUAACUAUUAUUUGUAAAGGAAAAAAAACGUAUUUAAUAAGAAAUAAUAAA